CGUCGUGCGCGGUCGUCCCGGGCGGAUGGAAAGCAACACCAACAAUCCAACACCAACGUGCCUACAGAAGCUCGCAUCAGAUCAACUCGGGGAAUUCUACUGGUGGAUCGUGGUAGCGAGAUGGCCCCGAUGGCGGAAGCGGAUUGCUGCAGCGGCCGGCGACGGUUCGCGGUGGCGUGCAGCGUUCUGAGCCGGUGCGUCAGGGCUGAGGCCGCCGCGGCUGGCAGGGUGGCGGCGGCGGCAGCACCUCAUGGUCGUUCCGAGGCAGAGGCACAGGCCGCGUCGUCCACGAUGCUGCUGAUGCCGGGCGCCGACGUCGACGCCAGGGAGGAAGCUGCGGCAGCACCGGCGCCCGCGCAGCUGACGAUUAUGUACGGCGGGCGCGUGCUGGUGUUCGACGACGUCCCGGCGGGCUGGGCGGCGGAGGUGAUGCGCGCCGCCGCUCGCCAGGACGUGCCGGAUGGACCGGACGACCUGCAGGUGGCGAGGAAGGCGUCGCUACAGCGGCUUAUGCAGAAGAGGCGGGACAGGACCGCCGCGCGCGUGCCGUACGCCGCCCCUGCCCGCCCGGUGGUGUUGGUGGCGCCCAAGGAGGGGCAGGAGGAAGGGGACGCUGGCAGCUGGCUUGGGCUGGGUAUCCCACGAGGAUGCGCGUGCUGACAUGGCGUGCGUGUGAGCGUGUCGUCUCGACUCUCGACGUCGCCGUGGACUGAUCUCUGUUUUUCUUUUCUGUCCUUUUGUGCGUGAACGACGUCGUCAUCCUCUUUGCAAGUUUGCUCUACAACUUGCCGGGAAAAAAAAAAGAAAUAUCCAGCUUAGACAGAAAUAUACUGACGCAAACUGAAGUUGAAAAA